UCCUGGGUUUGUUCCGGCACCGUCAGGCCGGUUCGGGACUCUGGUGACAGGACCGAGAAGGCGCAAGGAGAGGAGCUGUCCCUGCCGCACAGACUGGGGCCCCCGGCUAGCGACGCCGCCCGGGCUGCCCCGCGCCGGGGGCCGAGACGGGGACCGCCGGUCCAGGUGUCCGCUCCGCCCACCGAGCCGGAUGGCGGCGGCCGCGCCCAGGGACCGGGCUCAGGACAAUGUGACUUUGGAGGAUGUGGCUGUGUACUUCUCCUGGGAAGAAUGGGGUCUCCUUGAUGAAGCUCAGAGACGCCUGUACCAUGAUGUGAUGCUGGAAAACUUGGCACUGAUAACCUCUCUGGAUUGUUUGUGUGGCAUAGAGAAUGAGGAGGUACCUUCUGGACAGAAUGUUUCUCUGGGAAGAAUGCCACAAAUCAGGUCUUCAGAGCCAAAUCCAUCCACUGAGAAGGUUCAUUUCUGUGAGAUGUGUGUUCCUGUCAUGAAAGAUACUUUGUACCUGGUUGAGCACCAAGAAACACGUACUGGGCAGAAAUCAUACACAUGUGUGGCAUGUGGGAAACAAUUCUGUUUCAAUGCAAAUCUUCACCAACACCAGAAUGAGCACAGUGGGAGAAAACCCAAUAGCAAGGACAUGGACAGGGCUUCCUUUGUGAAGACCUAUAGAAGUCAUUCAUUAGGGAAGCCUUUCACCUGUGAGGUUGAAAAGGACUUCUUGGCCAGUUUGGGACUUCUCCAGCAUCAGGCCACUCCCAAAGCGGUACUGAGUAUACACAACAGUACUAAGUGUGAGGGUUCCUUUCACAGUGGAAAAAGUUCUUACAAAUGUGGUGAAUGUGGAAAAGCCUUCUGUCGCAAACGUACACUUGUUCAGCACCAAAGAAUUCACACUGGAGAAGGACUGUUUGAGUGCAGUGAAUGUGGGAAAACCUUCAGCUACAAGCAUACAUUUGUUCAGCAUAAGACAGUCCACACUGGAGAAAAGCCUUUUGAGUGCAGUGAAUGUGGAAGGGGCUUCAGGUUCAAAUAUAAACUUGUUCAGCACCAGCGUACUCACACUGGAGAAAGGCCUUAUGGGUGUAGUGAAUGUGAGAAAGCUUUUGGAUGCAAAUCCAAACUUGUUCGGCACCAGAGAAUUCACACCGGAGCAAGGCCUUAUGAAUGUGCUGAAUGUGGCAAAUUCUUUAGACAAAGUUCUAGCCUUGUUCAACAUCGGAGAAUUCACACUGGAGCAAGGCCUUACGAAUGUGACGAAUGUGGGAAGUCUUUUAGCCAAAGCUCUAUCCUCAUUCAGCACCGGAGAGUUCACACUGGAGAAAGGCCAUAUGAGUGCAGUGAAUGUGGGAAAUCCUUUAGACAAAGCUCCAGCCUCAUUCAGCACCGGAGAGUUCACACGGGAGCAAGGCCUUACGAGUGUAGUGAAUGUGGGAAAUCAUUUAGCCAAAGUUUUAGCCUCAUUCUACAUCGGAGAAUUCACACUGGAGAAAGGCCUUACGAAUGCAGUGAAUGUGGGAAAUCCUUUAGCCAAAACUAUAGCCUCAUUCAACACCAUAAACUUCACACUAGAAAAAGGCCUCAGGAGUGCAGCGAAUGUGGGAAGGCCUUCAACCGCAAAGACACACUCGUCCAGCACCAGAGAAUCCAUACAGGAGAAAGGCCUUAUGAGUGCAGUGAAUGUGGGAAAGCCUUCAGCCGCAAAGCCACCCUUAUCCAGCACCAGAGAAUCCAUACUGGAGAAAGGCCUUACGAGUGCAAAGAAUGUGGGAAAGCGUUUAGCCGCAAAGACAACCUUACUCAGCACAAAAGAAUUCACACUGGAGAAAUGCCUUACAAGUGUAGUGAAUGUGGAAAAUACUUUAGCCAUCACUCCAACCUAAUUGUACACCAGAGAGUUCACAAUGGAGCGAGGCCUUACAAGUGCAACAAUUGUGGGAAAGUCUUCAGACACAAAUCCACACUUGUUCAACAUGAGAGUAUCCAUACUGGGGAAAAUCCAUAUGUUUGCAGUGAUUGUGGGAAAUCCUUUGGCCACAAAUACACCCUCAUUAAACACCAGAGAAUUCACACUGAGGCAAGGCCUUUUGAGUGCAUCGAAUGUGGGAAAUUCUUUAGUCGAAGCUCUGACUUCAUUGCGCACCAGAGAGUUCACACGGGGGAAAGGCCAUUUGUGUGCAGCAAAUGUGGGAAAGAUUUCAUCAGAACAUCCCACCUUGUUAGGCACCAAAAAGUUCACACUGGAGAAAGGCCAUAUGAGUGCAGUGAAUGUGGGAAAGCCUAUAGUUUAAGCUCCCACCUCAUUCGGCACCAGAAAGUUCACACUGCAGGAAGGCUUUAGGAGUGCUUUCAACACAAUGGGGCUCAUAGGGAGAGGAGCUCUGUGUUUACCCUUUGAGAGGAAGACAUCAAUCAGAUGUUGAACUUCAUAUAUCAGCAUUAUCACCAGGGUGAUACCUUAUGAAUGCCAGGUACAGGGAAGCUUUCAUGGGUUGUGUUGCACUUUCAAAUAGGGCCUUGCCAGAUUUGUCAUGCAAUGCCUGUGGCUGAAACCAUCUCAGCUCUACCAGCUUAGUUACCAUAACAUCCUCAGGGAAGGUAGAACUUUGUAAUCUCCAGUCCCUGGAGGGAAUUACAAGAAUCCUGAAUUAAAUGGGAUUUCUCAUUUCCUCCCCACUGAUGAAAGGUGUGGACUUUACUGUACAUCUUUAGCCAAGAGGAUCUGAGCUGUGUUCUGGCUUACAGAAAAGGUUUACUUUCUUCAUGGACAUUGUUGGUCUCAUGUGGUACUUGUGACAGAUUUUCCAGCCUCCAAGUCACCUAACCUGGAGAACUACUUGUCUUACGUUGCUCUGGUUUCUGUGAUAAUAAAGACCUUAUUAUUU